CUCCUCCCGGUGAGACUCAGACCGUCUGGAUCAGACGGAGGACACACCGACACACCGAGCUCCGGUCCCACCGACAGCAGCAGCGGAUCUCAGCCGAGCGGAGAGCGCCGAGUCCCGGUGAGCAUGUCGGUGCUUGGCUCCGCCCCCAGCAGCGCCGACGCCUGCCUCAGCAUCGUCCACAGCCUCAUGUGUCACCGGCAGGGCGGCGAAAACGAGGGCUUCGCCAAACGCGCCAUCGAGAGCCUGGUGAAGAAGCUGAAGGAGAAGAAGGACGAGCUGGACUCACUCAUCACCGCCGUCACCACCAACGGAGUCCAUCCCAGCAAGUGUGUCACCAUCCAGAGAACGCUGGACGGACGGCUGCAGGUCGCAGGCAGGAAAGGUUUCCCUCAUGUGAUCUACGCCCGUCUGUGGCGUUGGCCCGACCUCCAUAAGAAUGAACUCAAACACGUCAAGUUCUGUCAAUUUGCCUUCGACCUCAAAUACGACAGUGUGUGUGUCAACCCCUACCACUACGAGAGGGUGGCGUCGCCCGCCGCCACAGGUCCUCAGUCUCUGAUAAAGGAGGAGUUCAUGCAGGACUGUCUGCAGAUCGACCUGCCCCCCCACACAGACCCCUACAGCCAGCCCCGCCCUGGCAGCAUGUAUCCCAGCAUGCCUCUGUCUCCUCCAGGUAGCAGCUCCAUCACACCUGCCGGGGGUGUCAGCGGGGGGGUGGGCGGGGCUCCUGAUGGCCCCGGGCUCCUGCAAAUCGCCCCCCCUCACAACCAUGGUAACCGGACCCCCCCGCCUCACCUGAACCCACCUCACCCUCCUCACCCUUCAGCCGCCGCCUCUCCCCACCAGCAGAGCCCCGAGUACAGUGGCCCCCCCAAACCUGUCACCUGGUCAGGUAAUAGCCACGCCCCCUAUAGCCCUGCAGGACCUCAGCACAGUGGGCGGAGCCACCAGCAGCAGGCGCCGCUACAUCAUCAUCACCACGCCCCCAACACACACUUCUGGUCGCAGCAUCACAGCACUGCUCCGUAUCCUCAGCCGGUGUCCAACCAUCCAGGUCCAGAGUUCUGGUGCUCCAUCUCCUACUUCGAGUUGGACGUUCAGGUGGGUGAGAUGUUCAAGGUCCAGUCCAGCUGUCCUCUGGUGACCGUGGACGGUUAUGUGGAUCCUUCAGGUGGAGAUCGGUUCUGUUUGGGGCAGCUGAGCAACGUCCACCGAACCGCUGCCAGCCACCGCGCCAGGCUCCACAUCGGUCGGGGGGUGCAGCUGGAGUGUCGGGGGGAAGGAGACAUCUGGAUGCGUUGCCUUAGCGACCACUCAGUAUUUGUCCAGAGCUUCUAUCUGGACCGGGAGGCGGGCCGAGCGCCAGGUGAUGGAGUUCAUAAGAUCUACCCUGGAGCUUACAUCAAGGUGUUUGACCUGCGACAGUGCCACAGACAGAUGCAGCAGCAGGCAGUAGCAGCUCAGGCAGCUGUAGAGACUCAGCCGGCUGUUGUCAGUUCGAUCCCUGGUCAGAACAGUUUGGGAGGAAUUUCACCUGCUGCCAGUGUUCGCUCGGUGGCAGGUCUGGGCGUGGACGACCUGCGCAGGUUGUGCAUUGUGCGGCUGAGCUUCGUGAAGGGGUGGGGCUGCGACUACCCGCGGCAGAGCAUCAAGGACACGCCCUGCUGGCUGGAGGUUCACCUGCAUCGAGCGCUGCAGCUGCUCGACCAGGUGCUGCACACGCUGCCACCGCGAGAACACGCACUCUGACACACACACCUGUGGCGGAGCAAUACCUGACAACUGAUAUCUGAUGCCUGAAGACUGACACCUGAAAACUGACACCCGACAUCAUGUACAGUCAGUACUGAUAAGCUCCGCCCACAUUCUCCCCCUCGCAGGUGUUAACAAACACACCGUAGCACCUCAUUGGUCGUUUUAGACAAUCAGCCAAUCGCAGCAUCUCAUCCCUGCUGUCAUUCAUAUCAGUUCCCAUGGAUACCAGCGGCCAGGGUGACACAGUAGAGAGCCAGUUCAUACAAGUUAUUGCUAUUAUUAUUAUUCCUGUUAUUAUUAUUCGUCUGGGGUGGCAGAUUUCUGUGUGGCUGAUACAGACAGAUGAGCUGACAUCGCCCUCUGCUGGUUGGUUGCAGUGCCUGCCAUAAGCCCCGCCCCCUAUACAGUUACUAAUCUAUCUAGAAAAUGAAUAAUUUGGGUGAAGUGAGCCUUUGACUGCUGGAAAACAUGUUGACAAUCAGCUGUUACCAAAAACAAGCCCAUCAUCAUGUCUCUCAUCAUUUUUUCUAUUUUAUUUUGGUCUUUUUAUUUUGUGUCGGACGGUUUCCUUUUCACUUUAUAAUUUAUUUUUAUCAUCUUCCAAACUUUCAGCCCUUUUUGAUUACAUCAUAUGUUGUGUCCACUGUGAUUCCUCUCUGACCUGUCAGAUUAUUUAUUCUGUCAUCAGGUUUCUUUCUAUCUUUUAUCACGUUUUAUAUUUUAUCUUUUUUAUACUGAAAGGAUCCAAAAUUCUGUAACAUGUUGUUUAUUCAAAUUAAACUUUUAUGAUUAAAAUAAAAAUA